AUGGAGACUUCGUCACAACGCCGCAAGGCCUGCGACUUGUGCUUCGUCAAGAAGAUCAAGUGCGACAUGCUCAAGUCGGCAUGUUCGAACUGCAUCCUGUACAAGACCGAAUGCAAAACGACCCCGGUCCGCCGUCGGGUUGCACCGGCCAGAGAGCGCCAACAGCAGCAGCAGCAACAACCCAAACAGGGCACGGCUGGAGGAGACGCCACAAAGGUUGAGGAGCUGGAGAGCCGCCUGGCUAGGAUAGAAGAGCAGUUGCAACGCGCACUCGAUGCCAACGAGCGUCUUUCGAGCCAAGCCCCGCCUCCCUUGUCAGUCAUAUCGAAUACAACGGAGUUGCCAGCGAGCAGCGGGGCAUCAGGGAGCCAGGGGAACCUGGAGAAUCCGGGCAACGACAGCCUGCCAGAGGACACCGACCUUAACAACGCCUUUUCGUGCAGCGCGAGCCCGAGCGAAUGGGUCGUGGAGCCGGAAAGGCCAAAGCUGCCGCCGCUCGAGGACAUCAUGCCCGUCAUCGACGAGUUCUUCAGCCGGUACAACUCCAUCAUGCCGCUCUUUGACCAAGAGACGUUUAUGCGCAUGCUCUCCGACUGGUACUCGCCGUGCUCGCAGCGGUCCCCCGCGGUGUGGGCCGCCAUCAACAUCGCCAUGGCACUGGGGUAUCGCUGCACGCUGAAAGAGCCGGGAAACGUCGAGGCUCUGAUAGAAGACCAGAAGGUGCUGCACCACAUGCGCAACGUGCAGUCGGUCGUGUCGGACCUCGUGACACGGGAGGAGGAUUUGCUAGGGAUCCAAGUCCUCGUCGGCAUGGUCGUCCUUUUCCAGGGGACCAAGGACCCCAAGCCGGCGUCGGUUCUCAUCGGGACGGCCAUCCGUCUGGCGCAUCGCAUGCAACUACACGACAGGGGUUCGCAGCGCUUCUACCCACCCGAGAUCGCCCGGCAGAGAUCUAGAGUGUUUUGGAUGGUAUAUGUCAUGGACAAGGACAUCUGCUUGCGAUCCAAAACGCCGUCUUUCCAGCUCGAUGCCGACAUUGACCUGGCGCUUCCGGAGUUGUACCCCAAUGACGGCGCCGGCAUCAUAGCGGCGAAGAACGGCAGCGAGUUCAACUUCUUCCGGGCGCGGGUCGAGCUCAGCCACAUCGCCGGCAAGGUGUACGACCUGUUGUACAGCACGAGGGCGCGCAAGGUGUCGAGGCAGGAGUCGCAGUCGCGGGUAACGAGGCUGGAGGAAAUGCUCGAGAGCUGGUACGACAAGAUACCGGCCGAGUUCCGGCUGGAUUCUGUGCUGCAGAACAUUGAUGCGCUGCCGGCGGUGCACAUGUCGCUCGUAUACCAUCACUACUUUGUGGUGGUGGUGAUGACGCACGGCAUCUACUCGCACGACGCGGACUGGGUGCAUCGCAUCAGCUCGUACUGCCGGACGGCUAUGAGGGAUCUCGACGGAGUGCCGGUGGCGGCCAGCCUCAAACAGAACGCCCCGCUUCCGGACGGGUGGGACAAGUGCGUCGAGCUGAGCCGAAGGUGCAUGAAGCUGUUCGCCGAGUCGCCCAUGACGGACUGCAGCAUCUGGACCAACUCGUGUGCGCACUUCUCGGGACUCAUCAUCAUCCUGUCCAACAUGUUUGUGUUCCCGGAACACGAGCAUCUAGUGACGGACCAUGCGCUAGCCAACCAUGCGCUUCAUCUGUUUGAUAUGAUGCUGGAGGUGUUGAACAAGGACGCAUUCCACAGGCUCCACGUGGUGGUUAGGGAGCUUCACCGGCGAGCGAUGGCGACGGUGGAAAGGGCAGCGCAGAAGCGGGACGAGCAAGCGGCGGCGGCGGCAGCGGUGGCCGAGGCCAUUAACAACAGCUUGCCUUUCGGGAUGCAAUUCGAGGAGGACGUCAGUUUCUUCGAGGCCGGCGACAUGGGAGGGUUCGAUGGGAUAUUCAGCGGAGGCGCCAUUGACGGUUCGCCGGUGACGAUUGGGUCUGAGACGGCAGACACGAUUGAAGGGAUACAGGAAGAAGUUUGCCGAGCGACCAUGACCGUCGGGUACAGCCACUACUAG